AAGAAAAUAUCUUCUAUCUUUUACCACCACCGUCACGUAUUUUCCCCUUUCAUCUUAUACACGCCAAGCCUGGGAAAAAAUAUCUUUUUCUCAGAUUUUCCUCUACCGUCUUGGAAUGCUCUCGGCGUUGAUUUUUCCUCCGUUUGAUCUUAUCUCUGCGCCGCUCAGCUCUAACAAAAAAAUCCUGCCGCCCCUCCUUCAGAUUUUUCACGCCGCGCGCUGCUUCUUCCUUAUCUUCUUCCCCUCUGCUGGCACUCCUUCCACACGCGCGUAGCUUCUUGGCGCUUUCUCCAUCACGCUCUCUCCAGCGCCCAUCUCCCUCCUCUACUCGGUCCUCCUCUCUGCGCGCAGGAGCUUCUCCCAUGGCCACGGCGCCCUGGCUCCUGCUCUCCACGUCGUGCGCGCCUGGGCACUUCCCCAGGUGGCCGUCUGCCCUCCUGCAUCGCGCCCAGCCGAGCCUGCUCCCUGAGCUCCUUCCCUGCCGCACCGGAGCUCCCUCCAUGGCGCCCGAGCGCCCUGCCCUCGGCUUCCUGCUUGCAUCGCGCGCCCUCGUCUUCAGCCCGGUGCUCAUCUCUCUGCUCGUCUUCUUCAAUCGUCGAGCGCUCUCCCUGACGCGCUCGCCCAUGCUGCGGUGCCCCUCCUCGGACAGCGCCCGGCCGGAUCUCCCUUGUGCCGCGCCCCUGCUCCUCCCUGUUCCAGCUCGGUGCCCAGAGCCCCAGCGCCGGUCGCCCGUCUACUCUUCGCCAUGGCACGCCUCAAGCUUCACCCUGCGCGCGCGAAGCUCUCAGCUCGCCCAGUCUGCGCGCCGCGGUUUCUCUCCCCAUGGUGCUCCUCCUUGCCCCUGCUCCGAUUUCCCUUCCGUGCUGCAGCCCCUCAGCUCACUCCCUCAACCUCGCUGACUCGCCAAGCUUCCUGCUCGCCUCUGCGCAGCGCCCCGCUCCCUAUGUCCGUUCCCAGCCGUGAUGCUCCCUUGCACUCGGCCUGCUCUGGAUCCGAGGCUGGUCGCUAUGUGUGCUCAACUUUGUCUUGUCGCAAAACCCUGAUGCCGUAGUCCCCUACCGUGCCCUGGAUGUCGUGCUUGUUGUGGCCGGCUCUGGUGGUCGGCAUCAUCGACCGUUGAUUCUAUCAUUAGCCACGCUCAUUCAUUAUUAUUCCGUACGCCGCAAGAAAGAGAUCUAGAGAAUCUGGAUAAAGAAAAAGCGAACCCCUCCGUCGCUUCCAUGUUGUGCUGAGGAAUGCUCCCACCGGACAUUGUCGUCAAUCUCACGGAUUCAAAUUGGGUUUAGAUAAUGAUAAGCCAAUUUAUUGUUCCAGAUAAUGUUUGAUUGAGGGUUUGGAUAUAUUAAUUACAUUUGUCCUCUGGCUCAUAGUAUAUGUGUUGUGGUUGUAGAUAUAAUAUUUAUUAGGAUACUCGAAUCGCUUGCAGCGAUUUGGUCAAGGUCGUGUAGUGAAUCGCCAGUUUGAGAUGUAGAUUAUGGGAAUAGAGUUUCGGUGGGUAUACUUGUCGAUUAUGUUUAAACUAGUUAAGUUAGUUUUAAGAAUGGUUAUGGCCGAUUGUGGUUAGCACCAUCGACCUAUAUCUUAUGCAUCCUAAUUUAAAACGUGGAAACAUAUGUCUAGUGUGAUUGGAUU